CCGAAUCAGAAAACCCUAAGAAUUUGGGGUUAUUUUUUGGUGAAGAUAGGAAUCGAUUGUUCAAAGUUUCCAUUUAUGGGAUUAUGAAUCAGAGAUUCAUUUAAGUAAAAAUGGAAGGAAAAAAAACAUAUUUAUGGGAAUUUCGCAAAGGAAAGGUGUGUCCUUUUUUCAUAAGAGAGCGUCGGCGAUUAGGGUUUUUUUUCUGGAGUGAGCAAGCAAACUGAGUAGCAAAAUAGCUAUGGGAAUUGCGAGCUCUGUAAGCAUGGCUUAUAGCGACGAGGAUCCGUCGGCAAAUCAGGGACAAUUUUCGCGGGAUGAGGACGAAUCGAGAACUCUAAUUGAAGAUUUGAAUGAAACAGGGGAAGGGAAAGGGGAAGAGGAAGAGAGUGGAGAGUGCAGGUUGUGCCGGUUCAUAAAGGGAGGUGAGUGCAAGGAAUCAUUCAUAGCAUUGGAGCAAUGCGUGGAUGAAGCCGAGGAGAGCGGAGAAGAAAGUGACUUCACAAAAUGCAAGGAGGUCAGAGCCAAGUUCAAGACUUGUAUGUAUGAAAACCCUGUUUACUACGAGCCCAUUCUUGCUGGGGAGGCUAGAGCGAUUGCCAAGAUGUUAAAUGGAGUUGCAAGCCGAAAAGGAGGCCAUUCUUGCCGGUGAGGCUGCAGCCAUUGCUAGGGCGGUUAGCAGGUUGCAAACAGAGGAAUCCAAUGGACGACGUCACGGGCUCACGGCGAGUCUCCCACACCGGCUUUCAAUUUAAGUUCAAUAAUCGACAAAGGAAUCCGCAACCGUCUUAGCACAUUGGCCAGAGUAGGAUCCGAGCACGAAGGGCUCCUCAGAUAUUGGUUUCAGACCCACGGUCACUAAUCUCUUCGAAGGCUGAUUAAUUAAAUCUUUCUAAACAAUUCGGUUAGUUGCUGCAUUUAUUGUACAACAGUAUUUUUUAAUUGUAUGUUAACACAAAUGGACUGGAAGUUAGAAAUAUGUUUGUUUAAUUGACUAAAACUGGAUCUAUGUUAAUAAAAUAAUUCAUCAAGACU